AUUCCAACAUGGCGGCUUUACCUUUCGUUGGAACGUUGGAUUCAGACGACGAUGUUGAACAAUUCGACGAUGAAACCGACAGUGAAGGUGAAUCAGAAAAGGUAUAUAGUAAUUCCUGUUUACUGUGAUACCUUUUCUAAUUUCACUUAGGGAUCUUCUUGAAUUUUUAGCCAGUCAAGAAGACCAAGGCAAAGAAGAAAGGGAAGUCGUUGUUCGAUGAUAGCUUUCAGUUCUUUUCGGGAGACACUGAAGACUUUUCUGAGGAUCCUUGGAACCUUGACGCUGCUAUCAACUUUGCUAAGAGAAAACAAGCGUCGGUGAGUAAAUGACUUAAAGGAUUCCGUCCUGUACUAUCAAUUGAAUGGCUAUUUAUAACUGAAUGAUUUGACACGUGGUUACAAAGAAAAUUCAGUGUACUGAAUAUAAUUAUGCGUUAAUAACAGGCAGGUACAAAAGUCGGACCGGAUCAACUCGGACCGCCAGUCCGAGUCGGAUCAACUCGGAUCGACUCGGACCAACUCGGAUCGAAUAAAAAAAUAAAAAUAAAAUAAAACUGGACUCGGAUCAACUCGGAUCAUAAAAAAAAACAACUCGGAUUAUAAAAAGAAAAAUAAAAUCAGUCGGUAUCCCUCAACUUUCACCCGCCAUUUUGUUUUUUUUUCUCACGAACUCGUGGUUGUGGAAAUUAAUUUAUUUUUAUUUUUGUUAAUUUUAAUGGUACACUAGUGAGCAGCACACACACACUUCCAGUGAACAUUUUCAACUUGGAAGGAGGACAAACCAUACUCGCCCGGGACAAAGAAAAUUUUCGUACCCGAGGCGAGAAUUGAACUCACGACCCUCUGAAUACUACAUGAAAAUCAGACGUUCCAACCACUGAACCGGAGGGUCACGAGUUCUAUUCUUGCCGUGGGCAUGGAAAUUUCCUUUGUCCUGGGCGAGCAUGUAAUGGUUUCUCCUCCUUCCAAGUUGAAAUUGUUCACUGGAAAUGUAUGUGUGCUGCUCACUAGUGUAUCAUUAAAAUUGAGUUUCAGAAGUCCCAGGGCUCGAAAUUAGUUUUUUGGCUAACUAACCCUUCAGGUUAGUGGGCAUAAAUUUUACUAACCAAACUAUAAAGUCUAUUAUCCAAGAAUCUGUUCUUGAAAUAACAAUGUUUUGACUGUUAAAAGUAGUGCUAAAAAUGGGGCAAACUAAUGAAUGGAUGGAUUGGUUCAAAUUGCAUGAUGAUCUGAAAAACGAAAUAAUAUAGAAGAUUUAAUGUUCAUUUACAUUUUCCUUUCAAUUACGUUACUCAAGGGGGGGAAGUUUCACCAUGAACAGUGCAAAGCGUUGUUUGUUUUUUUAGAGUCAUCGAACUGCAGCCUAGUCUGCUACACAGCCGUUUUUAGCAUUGCGUGACGACACUAAAAACGGCUGUGUGGCAGACUAACUGCAGCCAGGUGAAUGCCUUUUUCGAUUCUUGGUGGAAAGUUCUUUCUUUCUUCAUACGCCCUCCGCGUGUGCAAGGAACCUUCUAUAGCUGUGUCUUCCCAUCCAACAAAAGCCUGGUUACCUUGAGUUCCGUGAAAUGAGCGUUUUCAUGUCAUUCGAUUAUGCUGUAAGCAUAUCUUUUAGAACAAUAAAUUGAUCAAGAUAGAACACAAUGUUAUGCAAAAGAGAAACAGAUGUAAGAUUUUCAAUGACAGAAAUUUUUACUAACCGUGUCGGGAUAGUGAGGCUCAUUUUUAGUAACCAGACGUAAGAAUCUACUAACCAUUGGUUAACGGGUUACCGUUAAUUUCGAGCCCUGAGUCCUGCAGAAAAAAAAACAAACAGGAACAAACAAACAAACACUCUUCAGUAACUAUCUAAAUGCGAUCAACAGACAAGGCUUUUGACGAUUUUCUCAUAAAUAAUUCAGUAGUCUAAUAAAUAAGAAAAUAUAUACUUUCUAGGCGACUGAAACUAUCAUUUCUUUACUGUCCAACCACAACCACUAGCUUAUAAUAUGAUCCGAGAGGAACUGGCACUAGUAAAACAAAAUGGUGCCUGAAAGCCACGGAGAAAAAAAGGAUGAUCUGGCCUUUUUUUACCCUCCAGAUGGGUUUAACUUUCAGUUUUGCUGAUUUAAUUUAAUUUUUUUGAAUGCUCCGAGUUGAUCCGAGUCCAAUUUUAUUUUAGUUUUAUUUUUUUAUUUGAUCUGAGUCGGUCCGAGUCGAUCCGAGUUGAUCCGACCCGGACUGGUGGUCCGAGUUGAUCCGGUCCGACUUUUGUACCUGCCUGUUAAUAACCAAUCGCGAGGUCUAUACCAAGUUCUUAUUUUGCCUAUUUUGGGAUGAAAGAAUGAUUUAAUUUUAAAAUCUUCCGAAAAAUCAUGUAUAGGACAAGGUUUGCAUGAUGUUGGUGUAUAUGAAAACAUAAUUUUCAGUAGAAUUUAAGUUGUUUUAUUAAUUUAUUGUAAUAGACAAUCAAUUCUUCAAGCCUUCAGGACAAAAUAGCAAAGAGAAGAGAAGCCAAGAGAAAGGUACAGUACACUUUCAGUUAAUUAGUGUACCUUUGUAAGUCCUAACAUGCUUGGAUGCUGCUUCAUUUUUAUACUAUUAUAAAGAACAGUGUAUCAGUAUUACAUGUUGUAUUAACAGUUCCUUAAAGAAAAGAAUAAUUACACCUUGAUUGAUUAAGCACCAUCCUUUACAUUCCAGCACUUUAAUCAAUGUUUUAAUAAACUGUUACAUUUGGAAGUUCAAAACAUUCAAUUUUUUUUAUUACUUUUGUAGAAGAAAUCUAACAAGGAACUUGAAGAGACUCAAGAUGAGGAAGAAGAAAACAAUAAAACAAAUGGCGACAGUGUUGUAUCAGGCAGCGAAGUAAAAGAUGAAAGUAUGGAGACUAAUGGUAAGUUCUAAACUUCAUUGAUAGUUCAUUUUACUCAGGCUCACUUUUACUUAAAUUGGUUUUCAUGAAUUGUGUAUGAAAUCCUUUUAAUUCUGUUCUUGUAACCCAGCAGCAAUUUUAUACUCAUGAGCAGCUAGGAAUGUAUAUAUGAUAUAUAUUUUUUUCUUUGGGGGGGGGGGGAUGUCCAUGCAUGUAUUUCCCCACCUCACCCCUCUGGGAAUCUCAGUUGAGACCCCUUCCCCUUGAAAUUUUCAAAAAUGGAACCAUACAUGUACAUGUAUGUAGUUGAGUGAAAAUAUGCAUAUCAUGCCGUGUUUGAGUUGUCACAGGUUUUUUGUUUUUGUGUUUUUUAAUGUUUUAAAUCAUUUCACAGUUGUAGGCCCUAACCAAUCUUCAGAUGAGGAGGAAAAUAGCAGUUCAGAUGAUGAUGAAAUCAAUGACAAGGUACAUUCAUGCGUGUACAUGUAACUUGUAUGAGUUGUUUCUCCUUCAGUGAAGACGCUGUAGACAUAACAUAAGGAAAAACUGAAAAUAAAAGAAAUCUCUUUAACCCAUUCGCUCCUGGAAAUUUUGCCGAAAAACGCGUUUUGAAGCUAGUCGAGUGGUUUUCUGGUCACUGUCGUGCUAUAAAGGGCUAAAACUUACCACAAACUGGUUUACAGGUCGUACACUUGGCGGCCUUCUGAUCCAGCUGCAAAACAUCAGCUUGCAAAGUUCGGGCAUGCGCAGAAAGCAAAAUUCAUGUCAAAAAUCAAUGUCAUGUAGUUUUUUGCUUCUUUUGCUGGUGUCCUUGACUGAAUUGUGCUCAUUCUAGUAUGGUUUGAAAGAUCUCUUCACUCUGCACAAGUUAGCGAAGAAAGUUGUCCUUGACCGUUAAAACUGAUGACGUCACAAAGGGUAGAAAGGACCUGGAUCCGCACGGGCGGUUACGGGCGGUUCAGGGGCGAAUGGGUUAAAUGAAGGCGAAGUACCCACAACUUGAAAAUUCUGCUACAUUACUAGAUUAAAUUCCUUUUUUCGGUCUGUCAAUACAACUUCUCAAAGGAAUUCUUAUACAUGUAGAUGUAUGUGUUACAGGUCAAUUCUCAAUAAUUUCCUUUGUUUCCUUAAGCACUAGGGAUAGGAGACUACAGCAACUGCGUAGCGCGCGAUGUGAUUUGCAUCUCAUGAGAGGGUGGUAACUUACUUUUGUACGGUACUGUAGGUUAAAAAAAUUUUACCUGAAAUCAAAUUUGACCUUUAACAUUAUGCCUUAGUUGAUGCUUAAGUGACAAAAAGAAGAGAGAAAGGCUGAAUGUUCCUUUUCCAAACCAUCUAUUUAAACAUACUUUAGUUAUUAGAGGAGACUGGUUAUGAAAGACAACAAACAUCAAAUAUAAAACAACAGCGCUGCAUUUUAUGUUGAAAGCUCACUCAAAAUUCUGGGAAUGCUACUGAACAUUGUGCACCUGAGGUCCUCAAGAACAUAUAUAACGAAGGAGUCUGACGAGUUCAUAACCAUCCCAAUCUAUUAACCAUGAUUUAACUUUAAUACAGAUAAAAGAAAAGAAGAGGAAAUUUUUCGAGGAACCUCCUCCUCAGGUGAUGCAUCAAACAUUCACAACUUUGAACUUAUCAAGACCUCUACUCAAGGUAAACAGUACAAACAUUAUAUGUAUAUACAGUACUGAUUGCAUAACACAGGAUUUGACAUGCCGAAAUAUUAUUGUGAUUCUCUGAUUGCCAAUGGAUUGAUUCCUAAACGGCUGACUGAAUUAAUUAAUGGUUAAUUCAAGACUAUUCAUUGAUAAUCACAGUAACUUAGUACAUAUAGUUACAUGUACCUCACAAGAUUUUUGUAGAGUACAUUUAUCACACUGUGUUCUCUUAUAAACUGGGUCUUGGGGUAAAGGUUGAUCAACAUUUCUGUACACUGUAUAAAGUUCCAGUUCCAGUGUACAUAUUCCUUUGCCAAAAAAUUGUCUUAACUCUAGGUUAAACAUUAACCAUCUUUUGAUGAAUGGGGCCUUGGACAGUACCGUGUAGCCUUUUUCAGAGCAGCAGGAGGAUAAGACAAAUUUCCUUUUUUUACCCUGUUGUCCUGUUUGUACCAUCACUGUCUGAGCACUUUAGCAGGCGAUCUUUAAUAGUUUGAAGAACUACCCCCUAAUCCUUCGAAAAUAAAAUUCCAAUUUAGCUUCAGUUUUUUCUUCUGGCAUUUGCUUGUAGAUCCCCCCUAUUCUUCAGAACAUUAUUCUAAUGAGCCUCCGUGGGUCUUCUGACAGGGGAUAAUAAUUAUUUAAUUUAUGGAACCAUACAUCUUUAAAAUUUAAAUGUAAACUUGCAUUAAUUUUACUUACUUUAAUUUAAGGCAAUAAAUGGCUUGGGUUUCAGCCAUCCCACUCCAAUCCAGGCAUCCACUGUUCCUGUUGCUCUAAUGGGUAAAGACAUCUGUGCAUGUGCUGCUACAGGAACAGGUUUGUACCGGGUAAAAAAUUUAAUCAAAUAAAUUUAGAAAACAUUAAUUCAUUUCCACUUUUAAUGUGUAAAUAUUGUUAGUGAAGUGUGUCAUAAUCAUACAAAAAUAUUAAGAAUGACUAUGAUCUGAUAAUGGCAAUUUUAACAAUUGUAAUGAAAAGUUAAUGAUACAUAUGGCAAAAAGCAGGCACGUGUGUUUGAAGGUUCCGUAGAUCGUAACAAGAAAGUAGACAAACUGAUGGUUACUUGAAUGGUGGCUCUAAUAAGGGGCGUGCUCAAAGAAGGUUAAAGAAAUAAUAACUAGACAUCAACAUGAAACAAAGAGUCAGUUGUUUUUACUGUUAAUGAAAGUCAUUUUGCCAUUUUAUUUUUUAAAGAAGCCCUCUAUUAAGUUCCCUGCAUUGAACCCAGAGUUUGUUGAUAUAUAUACAUUUGCACUUUUUAGAGGUGGCCAUAUCACUUUAAUGUACAUGUACAUGCUGCAAAUAGCAUUGUCAUUGCUUCCUGUGAAGUGUAAAUUUAAUUGACUUAUCUCAAGUUUGUACAUAAACACCAUCAUUACUUGGAAACCUUUUUGUACAAUGUAGGCAAGACAGCUGCAUACAUGUUACCAAUAUUGGAAAGACUUAUUUAUCGACCACAGCAGACUUCAGUAACAAGAGUCCUCAUUCUUACUCCCACAAGAGAACUUGCCAUUCAGGUAUGUUAUUAAGGGAGUAAACGUAACACAUUGUAUGUAUUACAGUAAAGUUCAUUUUCAUCCAGGCAUUAUGAAACAUAUGAUAUUAAACAAAGACAUCUCACAAACUCUGUAGUUAAUUAAUAUUAUUCGUGUUUUUUUUUGUUUGUUUUUGUUUGUUUUUUUCACGCUUUUUUCAGUCUUUGAAAAUUUAUGUAUUGCUCUCAACGUGAAUGAUUGUACGUGCAGGACUAUAAAUAAGGGCCUGGGGCAGGGGAUUUUCCCUGGCUACUAUGAGCAUGACCCCUGGCUAUUUUCUUAGGAGACAAAAGAAAGAUGAGACCAAAAGAUCUCCCUGGCUGUUCAGUUCUCCACCUACAAGCUGUAUAUACCCGGAAAAUUAUUAGCUUAGGCUGAUUUCAACAAUUCAACAAACUGCACAUUGCUUUUACAUGUUCUUUGACUCCCUUGCCUUAAUAAACUGUUGUAUAGAGUGCAUACAGUAUACAGUACCACUCAAAAGUAAGUUACCAGUCGUUUCCUGCGCGACGCUAAGCGAUUCGAGAAUAAUUGAAGCGGCAAUUUUUGGCAUAAAUUAUUGACGACACAUCCAGCCAGAGACCGACUUCAAAUUUCACGUGGCAUUACAAAGACUGAGGAAAACGGGCGUUAGAUUUUGUGAUAAGUUGUCUUUCAAGAAGAUUUCUUAGCUUGUCAUUAGCGCACUGUUUGAUUGGAGUUUCUGAGUUUUCGGAUUUGUUAGCGAUUGACAUUUGACACUGCAUUUGAUCAUGUCGUUUGGUUCGCUGAAACGUGACAACCACUCCUAGUUUCCUUAAUUUAUUGAAUGAACAAAUCAAUGUGAGAAUUCAUGUAAAUUGUCAACAGUUUAUAACACUAUAAAUCCAAUUUUGAUAUUAAGCAUGUUUAUUUGUUUAAGGUUCACUCAGUGGCUAAAACAUUGUGUAAGCACACAAAUAUUCAAGUCUGUCUAGCAACUGGUUAGUAUUUACGGAGUACUGUUACCUAUUUUGCCUUGAAUUACCACUCAUGCUUUAGCAUUCUCAUCUCUUAAAUAAUGCACUCUUCACAGUUGUAUUAACAUUUACACUGUAGUACACAUCUACAAUUGUACACCGUUCUGAGGAAAAACUUACUUUAAAUGUUAUGUCAAAAGUUACUCUUCUACAGCAAAACAUACAUAAGUCUUUCAAAGAUCUCUGUACUGCCUAAGAGUUUAAAACUUUAGGUACGGGUACAGAUAUCAGUGGAGAGUGCUGACUUGACAUUCAAUCAUUGAGAAUAAUAGGUUGUGUCUUCUUCUCCUUCUUUAACAGCAAUAAAGAGAUCUGAGGUUCCCCCGUGUCUGUCUCUUAGUAAGGACGGCAUGUAAAAAAAGGAAAAUAAUUAUGCAGAGUAGACAUUCUUUUUUCCCAUUCUUCUUUCCAAAAUAACUGCAUUUAUUUCAUUCAUUACUAUCAAUUGACUUGUAAAAUGACUCUUCUCGAGACGAAUUUUGUACCACUUUGUAGGUGGCCUUGAUAGUAAGACUCAAGAAGCAGCGCUGCGUAAAGGACCUGAUAUUGUUAUUGCCACCCCAGGAAGACUUGUUGAUCAUCUGCAUAAUACACCAUCAUUCAGUCUGCAGACUGUAGAGAUUAUUGUCCUUGAUGAAGCUGACAGGUGUAGUAAAACAUUGUAACUCUGUUCGAAAAUUUAUCAUGCUAAUAUAUACAGUCGAAGCUCCUUCAUGUGCGACCACCUCUCGUAAGCGACCACCUCCCAUAAGCUACCGCCAAUCCAAAACACCAAAAUUUUCCCAGUCAAAGCGUUACAGCUGGAACCUCUAGUGAACGGCCACCUCCUGUAAGCGACCGCGACCACUUUUGGGCCUGACGGUUAAUGAUUUUGCAUUGUUUUUAACCUCUUGUAAGCGACCUUUUGACGCAUUCUCUGAUCUCUAUUUUCGCUGUGUGUAUGUUACAGUACUUAGAAUAUACGAACAACUUUUAUACUGACAACAUGGAACUACACAUACAUGUAUCCUAACUUAGACAUUGCAUGCAAUAAGUUAUCUUCCGUAAAGUAGAUGUGCCCGGAUCUCUUCUCGGAAGAGACAACCCUGUAGUCCGAUUCGUGUAAGCGACCACCUCUCGCAAGCGACUACUUAGUCUUUGCAUUUUGGUUGGUAACUUAAAGGAGUUUCGACUGUAUUUUUUCAGUCAAAACCACUCUACAUGUACGUGUAAAUGACAUUUUAAGUGGGUAUCUAGACUUUCUCAAAGUCGUUCGCUUGGUUUUCUGGUCUGGUGUGGUAGGACCCGAGCUUUCGCUCGCUCGCGCUUCGCGCUCGCUCGCUCGCGCUCCGCGCUCGUACGAUCGCGCUUCGCGCUCACAGUCGCGCUACGCGCUCAAAAGCUCGACUUGUGAGCAAGUCUAGUGGGUAUCAUAAUUACUGUUACUUUUCAAUAAUAAUUUUUAAACCACAUGUGAAGGCCAGUGGUGAUGUCUUCCUAAGUUAAAGUUGUCAAUACGAAUAAAUUAAAGGACUCUAAUCUUUAUCCCACUCACCCUGAGAUUUAGGCAGUGCAUCACCUCAAGCCAUCCUUUAUAGCCACUUCCGCUUGAAGGCACAAAAUAGAGAUUGAUUAAAAAUGCAGGCUAGCCCAGCCUAAAUAACUCAUCUUUUACUGAUCUCAUAUGAACUUCAUUUGUGUACAGCUGUAGGUGUAGAAAUGUAGUAAGCUGAAUCGCUGUGACACCAAGUGUUCGCCAUUGUUUCUUGACAAAACGCACAAUUUGUUACAUAGUGUGAUAUUGCUGAGUACUUUAACAGUCUAACAUGGAAAUGUGUACCUUUACUAAAUUUUUAGAAUGCUGGACGAGAACUUCAAGGACCAAAUGGAAGAGAUUGUUAAGCUCAGUCCAAGGGGAAGACAAACUAUGCUGUUCUCGGCAACAAUGACAGAUGAGGUACCUGUACGCUGUAAGAACGUUUACGCGUGAGAUAAUACUUAGCUUAAACGUUUGUUUCAUGUUAUUGUCUCUUUUGCUAUGCACUGUGGUGUUUAUGAACUCUUUGUCCGUCUUAACUGGUGGUAUGUUACAGAUGUAACUUGCAAUGUAUAACUUUGGCAGUCGAAGAUUUUUUAGAUCGUCUAUUGUAGCUAGUGGAGCGAAAAAAAAAACGCGUGAUGUUGUGGCAAAAAAGUAAUCCCCCAUUCCAGUACACAUUUCUGAUCUGUAUCGAGUAAGAAGACAAAACUGUACACGGAUGGGGAUUUAAUAGCCAUGCCUGUACAAAUACGCUAGUUUAAGAAACUUUACAAACGUUGUAUGACUAUCGGACAAUGUACAAUGUAUAGUCCGUCUUGGUACACGCGUCUUUGACAGUUCACGAACAAGGUGACUCGUAACUUUGCUACAGUUAGAUGUAUCUCACAUUAGAGAUUUUGAGGUGUUCGUAGUAUCGAGUAGUAGUACAUGCGCAAGUGUACAUAUACAUCUAAGUGGCGUUGGACGAGAACCAAGUCAGUGGAUCUCGUUUAAAUCUCUGAGAGAGGUUUACUUUUUGCGUUGUUUGCAGGUUGAAGAGCUUGUCACUCUGUCGCUGAAUCAGCCAGUCAGACUUUUUGUGGAUAAUAACACCGAUGUAGCUCAUAACUUGAGACAGGAGUUUGUAAGAAUAAGAAGUAACAGAGAAAAUGAUAGACUGGCUAUAGUGACAGGUGUGUAACGCCCCUCUACUUUUUGUUUCCGUGACAUAUAUGUUAUUUUUUUCAAACUGAUGCGGAAAGACUUUGCUGUGAAACGAUUUUGAUAAUAUGUAGCGAAAUGACUUUGCAGCGAAACAACCGGUUUCCCAUGUUUAAGUGCAGUACAACGCUAUCCAGACUUGCAACCAACAACAUACAUGUGUCAGUUUGGUUGUUACUAGGGAGUUAAAGAUACCGCGACUACGGACUACGACUACGGUUAAACAUCCUACUGCGCAUGAUCAAAACCACGUGACUGUUUGUUUUUCCCGCGUAGUCCUGCGGCUACGGUGAGUUGUGGAGCUGUUUCGCGUAGUCGGGACUACGGAGAACAUUUUGCUCGUAUUUUGCCGUCUCGGUAAUUCAAGAAUCUCGUCUUUUCGUAAGAAAGUUUUCAAUUCACCUGCUUUAAGCGAGGGGGAAGCGAAUUUUGUAAGUUGUGCCUAAUUUCUGCUCAGAUUUACGCUUUUAAUCCACCGUUGUGACUACAUUUUUAUCUAGCUAAGCUCAUAUUUAAAGGAGCUUAGCUGUUUAUACGCAGAAUUCAGAUUGAUGGCCGAGGAGGAGAGAAAUCAUGCAGGUAAUUUACUUUCUCUUCGCACUUGAAAAGUUUUCAUGUUUGUUCGAACUGAUUAGUGUGUCUUUCUACUUGUGUGACCUUUGUUUAUGUGAGUUUUUGUAGUCGCAUUUGCUCAAUGAAAAUGAUGUAAACAUCUUCGAGACAAUCGAAACUCGGCAUUUCAAUACUUCAAACUACAUCAGAUCAGUAGUCGGAGAAGUCCAUCUUCUAAAUCUAAUAAAUGAGCUACAUGUAUUACUAUUUCUGUCUAAUUUCUUUAAUAUUUUACAUAAGUAUUCAUGGGCGAAAAAAAUAAAACCUGUGCAACCAAAACUUUGUUUAUCAAUUUCACCCGAGCUCGAAUCAACUUGUACGCAAAUCGACUUGUACGUAAUUGCUUCCUUCAAGUAUGGGAGAAUUUGUUCAUUGUUCUUAAGAUAAGAUCACAUGCAAAACUGACUUGCAUUUUUGUGAACUGUGAUGAAAACAAGAAAAUCUUUGCGUGUUGUUUCCCUCUCCGCCUCUUCUCUCGUAGUCUACCGUCUGUAGUGCAAUCUUAACGUUCUAUAUUUGCACGACUCAACCCAGUGCUACAAACAAACGACAACGCUCGCCCAGCUGUAGUUCGUAGUCCGUAUUCUCCGUAUCUUAAACUCCCUACUGUGUGGAUUGGGUCCGGUGGGAUUGGAGUCAAACUACCUAAACUAGAUCCCUUUCAUAAUCUCUUUGAAAAACAUCGCAUUGCAAAGGGGAAAGGGUUAUGAGUUACAAUGUACAGUCAAAACGAGCUCCUUUUUGAUAUGUGUACUCUGUUCAUGAAACUCUCUUUACAAAAUUUACUAUAAACUAAUACUUUCUGACUUGCUGAAAUUGUUGGAUAUUUUUCUUAUUUGCAGCGCUGUGCAGUAGAACCUUCAAUGAGCAUUGUUUAAUUUUCCUACAAACCAAGGCGUCAGCUCACAAGCUACGAAUCAUCCUAGGACUGCUGGGCUUAAGUGUUGAAGAACUGCAUGGGAACUUAACGCAGCUGCAGGUUAAGCUUCAAUAUCAGUUUUUUUUUAAAAUUCCAGGUAAUCGUCCCAAUCGCUUGGACAUUGUUUGAGGCGACUGGGGCUAUCGGGCGUUUUCAAACUGGAAAAAGAUUAUAACGUUACAGUAGGGUACCUGAACGUGCGCUCAUUCGCUAACCAUUAAUUAAUAUGAGGCUAAACUUCAAUGAAAACUGUAAAAGCAAAGCUUCUGUGGAAAUCAAGGCUGGCUUCAAAUAAAGCAUUGGUCUCGAAGAGGUAACUUUAUACAGUAUAGCUAUAUACGAAAGUUCUACGGAGUAUUUUUGGGUUCUUCGAGAUUUUAUUCACAGAGUCAAACUUCAUAGUUACCUUGCAGUCAAAGCCAGUGAAAGAAAAAAAACACGCACACACACACAUAGAAGAGUAGAAUUCAGUGCAAUUGCACGAUCAGCUGCCCGAGGACGUUACGAACUUAACAUGCAAAUUGUAUCUUGAGAUAGAGUCGGUCGUUAAAUACACAACAUUACAAUUUUAUCCCUUAGCUUUCUUUGAAAUAGAAACACCCGGUGGACAAGUCGAUACUAAAGCAGGCUACAAUAAUGUGCUAUUAUUUUAGUAUGAUUUAAUGGACAACAGCUCUUGCGAAUUCCGUUAGUUGACUAACUCCCACACUUACAACUAAAUCAACUGAGUGACAGUACAUUGCAGGAGAUAAUCUUAUUGGCACUCUCUUUGUGAUGUCAUUUGUUUUAGAGAUUGGAGGCUCUCAGGAAAUUCAAGGAAGGCGAAGUUGAUAUUCUUGUAGCUACUGACUUAGCUUCUCGAGGUCUGGACAUACUUGGUGUGAAAACAGUGAGUACCGUGUCCUUCUCUGGUUUUUCCUGCGACAAAACUGCAAUUGUAAACAGUUCUUGCUGUACAGCCUGCGUAGCAAGUGUUUCGGUUUUGGGCUCGCGAAAAAUCGUUCCUCGUUAUUUACCCCGAAACCGCACGGAAACGCUCACCACGCAGGCUACUUGCUGUGUUAUGAAUUGUAUCUACCACCACAACCAUACAGGUUUUGCAUGUACGUACAGUGUAACUGUAAACCUUGAAUCUCAAUCCUAUGUACACAUGUAGCUUUUCCGAGUGUUAACCAGAGGUUUGUGGUCAAAUGUGAAAGUGCAGCCCAUGUUAGAGGCUCGUGCCUUUUCACACAUCCUGCAGACACGGAGACCCCUGCCUUCUCCAGUUCUCCCUUUUAGAUCGUAGUUGAUAUCCUGCCUUCUCAGGGAUUCUUCACUUUCCGUAGGAAGAACGCGCGGCGAACCUAUGCCCUGGAGGCUAUGGAGACCAAGAAUUUCGUACACGCAAGAACAGUGUUGCAAAUUUUAAGAUGUUCGCACACCCAAGUAUUGCCGCGCGGCCUUCUUCUAAAUAAAUGAAAAAGAUCCUUUUUGUGUUGACAGGUUAUUAAUGCCAAUCUUCCACCGACAAUGAAGCAGUAUAUUCACAGAGUAGGAAGGACAGCUCGUGCGGGGCGCAGUGGAAGGUAUGUUUGAGCUUCAAGUUAAUAAUAAUAAUAAUGAUAAUGAUGACGAUGACAAUGAUGAUGAUGAAAUUGAAACACAGUUCUGAUUGAUUGAAGCAAGUUUUCCUCGCGACACCACUAAUCAGAAGCGCUAGCCAGAUCUGGGCAGUUACUGGUCAUCAGUAUGGAAUUUCUUCAGUCGUUGCUCAGACGUCAUUUCGCGGGGAAACCAGUGGUGGGGUCGCUAAACUUGAAUGCCGGCUGCUUUCUCAGAUUAAACAUGUGAAGUGUCCUGUGCCCACAUUACAAUGUUGUCUGUUGGAGCCUCUUAGGACUAGAGUUAACACGUAUUACUUACCUUUAAGCCCCGUGCAAGUGGACUCAACAUUGUUGGCCAACAACUCCCAACAUUGUUAGAUGCUACAUGUUGCGUCCGUUUGCACACCCCUUUGCCAUGUUGUUGCGUGUUGUUAGGAGUUGUCGGGCAAAGUUUGAAACCGGUCAGACUUUUAGCUACGUGCAAACGGACGCAUCAACUCCCAACAUUGUUGGCCGAGUUGUCGCGUCCGUUUGCACGUAGCUUCAGUUAACUUUUCUUUGGCUGUUUGUAGGUCUGUCUCCUUGGUGGGUGAGAAGGAAAGGGGGCUUCUUAAAGAGAUUGUGAAAUUAGCAAAAACACCAGUGAAGAGCAGAAUAGUUCCUUCAGGUGAGAGUCAUAUCUGUUUUGUACAAGCUUCAUAACGUGUAUACUUGAAAGAGACUUUUGGUUAUCGCGCGAAUCUCUCGAUUAAGCUCAAUAGUUUCACGUGACCUUCGAAUACUCGCUAAUAGGGGCGACGACUGUAAUACCUAGGAGAAAUAAUAAACAAAGGUUAUGCAAAGUUUUUUAGGGGCAGACAAGGUGUAUUAUGGGAGAUGUGCAAAUGGCGAAUGGCAAGCCGCUUGGUUACGAUACGAUACUUUAUUUAACGUGGUUGCCAAGAAUAAUGCAGAAAUAGUUUGUGCCUACAAAAUGCAGAGUUGUUAUGUUCUUAUUUCUUUUUCCAGAGGUUAUCGGCAAAUACAGGGAUAAGAUUCAAGGACUUGACAAAGACUUGAAAGAAAUUUUAAAACAGGAAAGCGAAGAAAAAGAGGUAAAAUAAACACGCGCGUAUGCAGCUUAGCAGCCAUUCAUGAAUGCAGUAGAACCCAUACUGUAUUACUGUCUACUACACCAGCAAAUUUUGAUAUAGGUUUAUUCAGCUGGCCCCGGUUGUUCGAACGCUGGAUAGCGCUAUCCUCCGGAUAAAUCGCUAUCCAUCGUAUGAGUAUUAGGAAAACCAAUUGCGUUAUCCUCCUUUCAAACAAAUGGGCCCUUGCGUGCGCACUACCACAAAUUUCACAUGGAGUUCUAAUUCGUUCCCUCUUGGCCAGUAAUGAAUUUGAAGUGGGAAUGUCGAUGCUAUUAAUUCACUUUACUUUAUUUCAUUUUGUAUCAGCUAAGAGUUUCGGAGAUGGAAAUGAAUAAGGCACGAAACCUUCUUGAACACGAAGAAGAGAUCUUCUCCAGGCCUGCAAGAACAUGGUUUCAGAACAAAGCGGAUCUUAAAAGGAAAUCAGGUGAGGUUCAGACUUUUGUCGACAUGUAUGGUUUCGACUUUGCUUAAGUCUGUUGGCUUUCACGUUCAUUUUGUCGUUGUUUUGACAGAUAAAACCACGAACGGACCGUCCAGCAAAAAAUCAAAGAUCGAAAAGAAGAAAGGAAAAAACUUCGGCAAUGAAAAGGAAAAUGUAAGCUGGUUCAUUAAUUUUUGUUUUGUUAUAUUGUUAUUGUUUUCGUUUUGUUUUGUUUGUUUGCUUGUUCGUGUGUUUGUGUUUUUUUUCUGCAUGUUAUUUUUAUCCAUGCACGCAGCUUAAUGACUUUCCCUAGAACCAUCGUAAAAGCUUACCUUGAUUGAUUGCUUUAGGAAUAAGCGCCGACGGCGUGGGGCGGACAAGUGAACUAUUUCUCAACUUUUUCGAGCGGACUAAGGAGUUAAUUUGCUCACAGAUGCAGUCAUCAUUAUUUUUAGAACGUCUAGAUUUCAAUGUGCAGAAAUCAUUCUGGGAUUGUGAAUCACAUUCGCGGACAUUUGAGCUAUCCCAAUUAGAGGCCCUGUUAGGGUAAAAUUCCAGCAAGCAAUAUGGCCUUGAAAUAGUGACAUAGGACAGUAGAAAUGGCGACAAACGACACAAAGAUGGGUUGAAACUGUGACAGCAACAAAAGCGCAAAUAUAAUAGUAAAACAUACCAACAGCGACAUAGUUUCCUCUUCGAUACGCGAAACGACAGGUUUUAAAAGUCAGACGAGGGACACACGUAACCCCCCCCCAAGAGGUCCUGAAUUUACCCAUCUCACCUUUCCUGUCUGCCAUGCAGUGGCAUUGGCGGAUCCAGACCUUCAGAUAAGGAGGGGGGGGGGGGGGAGGUGGUCAUCCAGACCCUGAGAUAAGGGGGGGGGGUGUCUUAAUUUCUUUUUUCUGCCCUUCAAGCCUCAGUUUGGUCUAAAAAUAAGGAGAGGGAGGACCGGGCCCCCCGGGGCCCUCCCCUGGAUCCGCCACUGAGUGAGACCGGGUCGGGGUUGUUGUUCCAGUUUCGAGUGUGAAUACUUGGCUCAGUUUCCAAGGCCCAGGGGAAUAAAACAAAAGGUAUGAAUUGUUAAUCCCUCUGAGACUUCUUUGGUAUGAAUUUAAUUCGAAACUUGUCACCAAUUUCGUUAUAUUAGAAUCCACACUUGGCUCCGAGGCUUGGGGGAAUAGAACAAAAGAAAUGUAUUAUUCAUCACUGAUUUUUUAAAUGAUUUCUUUUGUUUUAUUCCCCCAAGUCUCGGUGCUAAGUCUGAAUUUUAAUAUAUCGAAAUUAGUCUAUUGCACUAUGCGGCCGAGACGAGAAUUUCUUCCCCCAAAACAGCCCUAGGACCGUGACAUCGACACAAUACAGACCCACUCUAAUACGCACAUAUGCAACCUCAAUAUUGCUGAUAAUUUUUAACGCUCUGGCCUCUUCAUUAUAAUUUAAGUAAAUUAUUCUCUCAAUUCUACUAACUACCUUUCCUUACGAAAUAUAUAUAUAUAUAUUUUUUUAUUAGGAAGAGGAUAAAAAAGCGAGAAAGGAGAUGGAAUUUAUCGCAAGAGAAGUCAAGAGAUCAAAGAGGAAGAAGCGAUUACAUGCCUUCCCGCCAGAUAGACCCGACUUGGACAGAAAAGGUUUCAUUGUGCUUGUUAGGUUUCAUUGUGCUUUGUUAUUGUAAGAUGGCGUGAAAAAUAAAAGAUAAUUAAGAAUAAAAAUAAAUAAAAAGUACAAUUCAUUUUACACAUUAAGUUCAGUGAGCGAAAGUCAAAAUUUAUUUUAUAAAACAUUUCACUUUUCAUUUUUUUGGAACCAAACCGUUUUUACAAACAAACAAAUAGCAUCAUGCGAAAAUGCCACUGAAUAAUUAUAAGAUUUCCCCUUAAUGAGAAGAAAUCGACCUUUUUUCCUGCAAGUUUCUACUUUUCUAUAGGCCACAUGAUUUUAUCUGCAGGUACGAACGUUUCUGGCAGCAAGUCGAAGUGACUUCGGAAGCCAGGAUUAGUGUGCAUCUUACCACUUAUUUUUUUCUUGUACGACACGUCACUGCUCAAGUACUGUUCUUGUUGAGAUUGAGAGUAUGAUUUUUCUUCGCAGGAAAAACGAAAGGUGUUGAUGGUGCUGCCGGUUCACGCUUAAAGGCCUUCGACAAGGAACUGACCGACACGAGUAAAAAGGCGUUAAAAUCUUUUAGACAGAGGUUAGUUGUUUACGAUAGUGCUGUAGGUAAAAUAACCCACGUUACUUAUACUGUGAAAGAUUUAUAAGGAAUAUCUAGAGAAUAGAGCCAAGUGUCUGUAUUAUAUAGAGAGAGGGAUUGUGUGAAGCAUGGGCUUCUUUUGGACUAAUAAAUAUCAUGUAUUAUGGAGGAAGGGAUUAUAUUGUGGAUCAGAAGAACUGACCGCUGUAGAGAAGUGUCCGUAUUGAAGAAUUAGGGAUUGUUGUACAUGUAUGAAGUGUGGUAUUUUUGGGACCAAAAGAACUGUCCCUUAUAGGGAUGAGUCCGUAUUAACGAAUUAGGGAUCGUGCGAUCUUUGGUAUCUCUGGAAAAAAAAUAACUCAGUGGUCGCAUUACAGAAGUGUCCGUAUUAUGGAGGUAGGGAUUGUGUGAAGUUUGGUAUCUUUGGGGCCAACAGAACUGUCUGUAUUAUAGAGUCGUCUGUAUUGUGGAAGUAGAGAGUUAUGAAGUUUGGUAUCUUUGGGAUUAAGAAAACUGUUCGUAUUACAGAGGUGUUUGUAUUAAAGUUGUAGGGAUACGAGAAAAAGAAGAAAUAAGCAGUCGUGGGUGAAGUAGCGAACUUAAUUUUUUGAUCCAGAAACUAAAAGUUACUUUGUGGGCCUGCUAUAAAAAGCGUUUCACUUGCUCCAGGUGUAAAAGCAAGUCUAUUUUGAACUUCUCAAACACGUUUGGACCAUUUGUUGUGAUUCGGCGUGAUAAGGAAUCUCGCCUGCAACGAAAAGUUGUUGCAAUUGCUGGCCCCAACUAGGAAUGGGUUCAUUGUUGCAAUUUGUCAAAAAGGCAAAGCCAAAGAUCUGGAAGUCGUUGGCUUUAACUAAGAGUGCAUUAAAAGAAUUCAUUUUGAUCUGCAGCUCCAGACCCGACGAUUCAAAGAAAUUCAAGAAAAAUUCAAGUAGAUUUAAGUCGAAAAAAAGGUAAGUUUUGUAUGUCCUCGCUAUAACGAACGUUUUUGUUGUUGUUGUUGUUUGUUUGUUUUUGUUUUUUACCUCAGUAAUAGUAAAAUAUAUGAAAAAGAACCUCGAUAUAACGAAACCUCGUUAUAAUGAACAAAAUGUUCUCAGUCCCUUGGCCCUUUGUUAUAUCGAGGUUCCACUGUAGCUGGGCGGUCCCCAUUGGACCCACUGUUACAUUUUUUUUUCUGAAGAUGGUUAGGUGAAUUAAAGGUUACUAAUCCGUCUCCAUCUCUCUAGGUACAAGAGAAGAUGACUCAAAGGACAGAAAUGAUUUUUACUGAAGGCAGGAACUUCACAAUUUCUUUACACCAAUCGCUUGCAUAUUAAUGCACGGCGUGAAUGGCCGAGGAUACGUUAGAAGUGGAAGAGUUACGAGAAAAGAAAAGGCAUUCACGAGUUAAAACGUUUACAAAAAAUUCAGCAAGUUUACAUUGUACCUCCAGAUGGAAAUUCCUGAUCGAAAUAAGUGUAAGUCAGUACACCUUACUUGUUCAUUUUUCCGUGCUGGCAAGCACUUUUAGUGACUUUCAGGCCAGGAAGAAAUCUGCCUUACAUAAAUUCAGUUCGUUUCUUAUUUCAGUUGGUAAAAUACUUCUGUACUUAGUACCGCGUAAUAAAGGAGCGAGACCAUAAACCGUGAUAUUCUAAUAAAGAACAUAUAAUUUAUUUUAAUAUAAUCAUG